AUGCUCAUCGAUCAUAGGCCGGCCGUUCCUAAUGAUAACGUCUACCUCCUGCCUGGGCCAUAUGGCGAAGAGCCCACGUUGAACGAUUUCCUCUUUGAUACCCAUCUACCGGAUGGAUGGAAAGAGUAUACUCAUCCGGAUGGUCUCCCCUAUUUCCACCACGAGAAAAUGGGCGUCGUGACGGAAGUGGACGUGCGGGAUUCUCAACAACUUGAAUCUCUUCAAACGGCCCAUGAAGUUAUCAUGAAGCGAUUUCAACAAGUAGACUUUGAGAAAGGAGGCAAACUCAGCGAACGGCCGUACGAGCUCUACAUAUCCACUAGGAACCCGGAGCAGCCUCGAUACUAUUUCGUUUGGGUUACAGAUGACAUUCAACCUACCGACUACAACAUCCUGAUACGCAAAUUAUUCUACGCCCACUUAGCUUCGUUUCCUUGUCAUACACAAGUCCCUGAGGAUGGAAUCCAAUACCUUCGUGCAUACCUCGCUUACAUAGUAGUUGACGACUUGACGACCCCUUUCAAGAUCACACCAUGGGACCCACAAAAAGCCGCUCUGCUUCUAGAUACGCUUGAUCGAACGAUAAGUAGGAAAACAACUGGGAACGGGCUCGAGACAUUUUCCAUCGCUCAACCAUUGGUUACCAUUUAUUCUGUCCGCGCAUUGCACCGUCACGGUACUCAGGCUGCCAUAAACGAGCAGCACCUACCUCCCUACCCCACGACAGGUCCUUUCGACGCCAUUUUUCAGAUCUUCAGUUUCUUUGUCUACUCCACUUACGAAGAUCGACUGCGUCUGGCCCUGCAAGGGGAGCUUGCGUCUGAACGAGAAUGGCACCGCCUUAUGACAACUCUCGUCGCUGAAUGGUCAUAUACCAACCUCUUGGCCACUGUGGUCCUUGUAGUGGACAUGGCCUUCCUGGCUCUAAACCUGUCAGUCUUCGCUCGCACAAGCAGUAUAGCUUCGACUCUUUUCGCUAUCGGAAGCAUCGUCAUUGGUUUGCAUCACGUCUGGAAGCACCGAGAUCAGAGCACAGCUUCUAUUUCUGAACUUAGUUUCUACAUUCAAAACACAGGACGAAGCGCAACCGAUAUAAAGCGCCUUGCUCUCCUCCUCAGUCUUCCUAUGAUCUUCCUGCUGUGGGCUCUCCUAGCAUUCACGUGCGCCGUCGCGAACUACGCAUUCAAUCCUCCUAAAGCAAUAGCCUCAUAUGUCAUUCCUGCCUUUGUGCUGGCGGUGAUCUGUCCAUCGGGCAUCUUCGCGACUGUUGUCUUCUGGAAUGUUUUCAAGUAUAAACGCGCUGGUGAGCCGCGCUCCCUCCUGGCCACGAGCUUCUCGACCUCACUGACACGCUCGCCCGACGCCUCGACCUACAGCUCAAUCACAAGAGCUCAGCGCCGCCCUCCGGUCACCCCUCAUAUCCCGACCAUCGGCGCAGUCCCCGGUUCAGAGAGAUACCUGACCGGUGCUCUAAUGGUUUUCGUCUCAUUUGCCCACUCGGGGCACUUGUCUCUCGUCCUUGCCUCUCGUACUCCUCGUCCUCGCCUCUCGUACUCCUCGUCCUCGCCUCUCGUACUCCUCGUCCUCGCCUCUCAGCCUCGUUUCGACUCCCCGCCCGACCCGCCAUCGCCUUGUCUUUCGAUCUCGCCGUCGUCGUUGUCCUGUUUCCACGCUUAG